AUGAUCUUUGAACAACGCUAUUUGGCCAAUGGAAAGUCUCUCGCCGAACAACAGGGACGCAAAGUUACAAUUUGCGUGAAAGUAACUGCCGUCGAUCCGAGUGGUUCGAGUCUUUCGUGCAGCACUACCGACGACGAAUUCAUUAACGUGGCUCUGGACGAGCCUCUGAACGGCGUCGUCGAAGGUUGGGUCGAAGUAAUUGGCACCGUGACGUCACACAACAAGAUCCAAUGCGACGAAAUCAUCCAAUUCAAGCACGAUCCGAACGACGAAGCCUUCGACACGAACGCCUACAACAUGGCAGUGCAAUUUUGGUCGCAUUGCCGGGACAUUUACGAAACGGGAGCGAAAUAA